AUGAGCCAGAUGAAGACAGAACUCCUGCUCACGAAAACAAUUUCGAUGUUACACAUCUGCGAGGCGUCCUGUGACGGCUCACACGUAUUUGUGUUCUACUUGGCAACGACUUCAAAAUAUAGUGGAAAAUAUUUAUUUUCAACUUCUUAUUUGGUGUAUGUCAUCGGCAGCCUCAACUGGAUAUCGUUCUCAAAUGGCUUCGUGUACGGGCAGGUCGCCGGACUCAUCAACUCCCUCCAGAAGCAGGAGGGCGGGAUACACCUCAGCGAGGGGCAAAUAUCAUUGAUAGCCUCCACAAUGACCAUUAUGAACCUCUUUGGCACAGCUUUAAGCGCGAUCAUCACGGACAAACUUGGCAGGCGAUGGCCCUUUAUCCUCUUUUCCAUUCCACUGAUGAUGAACUGGAUCCUCCUUUACUACGCAACGGAAUUGCACCAUUUUGUGCUAUCAAGGAUCAUAGGCGGCAUAUCCGUUGGUGCAUUGGUUACUUUGAAUAUAUUCGUCACAUCAGAGUACACUUCGCCUAAAACGAGAGCAUUUUACCUCAACAUGGUGACUACCCUCGCACCGGCUUUGGGCACCAGUUUGGGCCACGGAAUCGGAAUAUUCCUGCACUGGAGAACUUCGGCGAUUAUCGGAAUAUUUCCGUGCGCUUUGGGAAUAUUACUUCCUUACUUUUGGGAGGAGAGCCCGCAUUGGUUGGCUUCGAAAGGUAGGUUCGAAGAAUGCCGCGAAUCCUUCGGGAGAUUGCACACAAGAACACCGAAUUCGGAUCGGGAAUUGAAACUGCUGGUCGAAAUGGAGAAAAGCAAGUUGGACUUGCUGAGCAAGUCCAACAGCGUAUCGACUUUGAAGCGUCUCUCUCGCGUUCUCAAGAGGAAAUACUUCUGGGAUGUUUUCGUACUGAGUAUUUUUAUACACGCAUAUUUGGCGGCGGCUGGAAAAUUGGUAUUCAGUAUUCUAGCUACAGUCAUCCUGGAAGAGAUAACUGGUACUCCAGACGUUUUACUUUACACGUUAUUCGUUGAUGGCUUUAUCGUCAUAGGCUCUUUUAUGUCGUGUUUAUUGAUUAGGAAGACGUCUAUGCGUACACUGUUGUUUUCCACUGGAUUCACUGCGAACGCCAUUUUAAUACUCUUCACUUUAUGCUUCUAUUUCCGGAACGGACAAAGCUAUUCCAACUGGAUCAAUGUAGGUUUACUGGCGUUGUAUUUUAUCACAAUCAACGCCGGACCGUAUCCUUUAUUAGAGGCGAUAUACAGCGAAAUGUUUCCUUUAGAAUUGAAGGUGUACAUUUUCACGCUUUCCGCUGUAGUACUCAUCACUGCUUUAACUUUAUCAAUUAUUCUAUUGCCAUUUAUUGUUAGUUGUGUCGGUUAUCACGGAUUAUUCUUAAUGAACACAGCAAUCAUGUCAGUUAGUCUUGUUUAUAUUUGGUGGAGGCUGCCCGAGACGAAAGGUAAAACGUUGCAAGAGGUCGAGGUUUACUUUAAGACGAAUAAUUUUAAUGUUGAAGAAGUACUGACUUGUAAUGAACAAACGAAAGCUUUAAUAUAA